AUGGUCACCUCAUCAAGGCCCUUGACAGACCUCGCCGAGGCCGAAGACCUCGACCUUGUCGAUUUCGACGGGCCACAUGAUCCGAGACGACCUGUCAACUGGGCGCCUGCCCGCAAAUGGACGAUCGUAACAUUGUUGUCUAUCAUGUCAUUCAUAACGCCGCUCGCAUCCUCCAUGUUCGCGCCAGGUGUUCCUGAAUGCCUAGCUGAGUUUGGAUCAACAAGUGCCACCCUCAUGUCCUUUGUGGUAUCUAUCUAUCUUCUUGGAUACGCCGCAGGGCCUCUAGUGAUUGCGCCUCUGUCGGAACUCUACGGCCGUUCGAUCAUGUACCAUUUCACCAAUGUUCUGUUCGUAAUAUUCACGAUCGCAUGCGCCGUCAGCACUAAUCUCGGCAUGCUUAUCGGCUUUCGGUUCCUCGAGGGCAUUGCCGGAUCUGCGGUUCUCACCAUCGGUGGAGGAACGGUGGCAGACCUAUUCAUCCCACAGGAGCGCGGGAAGGUCCUUGCAGCAUGGACAAUGGGGCCGUUGCUUGGACCCGUGCUCGGACCUGUAAUGGGCUCGUUCCUGUCAGCAGCCAAGGGCUGGAGAUGGGUUUUCUGGCUCCUGACUAUAGUUUCCGGCGCAAUGGCUUGUAUCUUCCUCCUCCUCCUGCGCGAGACCUCCUCCGUGGUGAUCCUCCGAAACAUCACGAAACGGCGUCGCAAAGAAACCGGCAACCCAGCCCUACGGUCUCGCCUCGACGCGGACCUCUCCGCACGCCUGUCCUUCCAGCGAGCCAUCGUCCGCCCACUGAAACUCCUUCUGCUCUCCCCCAUCGUGGCUUUAAUGGCAACCCUCGCCGCAAUCGUCUACGGCUACCUCUACCUCCUCUUCACGACCUUCACCCCCGUUUUUGAAGACACGUACAACUUCAGCUCCAAUAUCGUCGGCCUGACAUACCUCGGUCUUGGGGUGGGGAUGAUGAUUGGACUGUUCGGGUUCGGGGCGCUGUCAGACCGCAUUAUCAAGAGCAAGGCAGCCAAGCAUGAUGGUGUCAUGAAGCCGGAGUAUCGUCUCCCGCCGAUGAUUGUGGGUGGGAUUGCCAUCCCAGUCGGACUGUUUAUCUAUGGUUGGACGGCGGAUAAGCAUGUUUUUUGGUUCGUGCCUAUCCUGGGUACGGCGUUUGUUGGGUUUGGGUUUAUUGCGUAUUUUGUGAGUUCCCUUCCCCUUCCUCCACGUCAGACGAAGAAGGAAAAGAAGCUAAUAGAAUCUAUACAGAUGCCAAUCCAAGCGUAUCUCGUCGACGCCUUCACCAUCCACGCAGCCUCUGCCCUCGGAGCAGGCGCAGUCUGGCGAUCUAUUGUUGGCGCAUUGCUUCCCCUCGCGGGCCUACCAAUGUAUAACAAGCUAGGGCUAGGAUGGGGAAACUCACUGUUGGGCUUCUUGGCCGUGGCGAUGCUCCCCAUUCCGUUCGUAUUGCUCAAGUAUGGGGAGCAUAUCAGGACGAGCCUGCGGUGGCAGGUUAGGUUAUAA